GUUACGAUUAAACGCAUCCCCAAGAUUUAAAUAAACGACCAACGAACCCUCAUUUCCCUUCAAUACAGAGGUUGGUUUCAAAUUUGAUCAAAUAUUCUCUUUCCCUCUCAUGGAGCAGCAGAAGCAUUUUGUGCUCGUCCACGGAGCUUGCCAUGGGGCUUGGAGUUGGUACAAGAUUAAACCACUUCUGGAGGCUGCUGGCCAUCGUGUCACACCGCUCGACAUGGCAGCCUCCGGCAUGGACAGUAGGGUGAUCCAAAACGUGCACUCCAUGGAAGAGUAUUCUGAGCCUUUGUUGAAGUACUUGGAUGGUCUUCCUCCAAAUGAAAAGGUGAUAUUGGUGGGUCAUAGCCUUGGCGGUUUUAACUUGGCCGUGGCUAUGGAGAAAUACUCCGACAAGAUAGCUGUUGCUGUUUUCUUGGCUGCCUUUGUCCCUGAUACUCAACACAAACCUUCCUAUGUCUUAUCUCAGUACAAUGAGAAAACACCGAAGGAAGCUUGGCUAGACACGAAGUUUGCUCCAUAUGGAACUGAAGCUCAGCCAUCAACAUCAAUGUUUCUCGGACCAAAUUUCUUAGCCAAACAGCUAUACCAACUCUCCCCUCCUCAGGAUAUAGCUUUGGCCCUUACUCUGCUGCGACCCAGUACACUAUUCUUCGAAGACUUGUCGAAGAUAAACAAUUUUUCAGACGAAAAAUAUGGAUCCGUCAAAAAAGUAUAUGUAAUUUGUACGGAAGACGUAGGCGUCUCUACGGAAUUUCAACAAUGGAUGGUAUGUAACGCUGGAGUUGAACAUGUCAUGAAAAUCAACGGCUCUGAUCACAUGCCUAUGUUUUCUACGCCUACUCAGCUUCUCCACUGCCUCCUUCACAUUGCUCUCAACUACGCCUAGCUUACCCAAGGCUACGCGACCCCUCAUUAAACAAAUUUUAGUUUUACUUUAAAUAAAAAUGGCUACUCUCUCUCUCUCUUUCUAGUACACCAAAUUGAAUAACGUACUGUGGUUUUUGAUUUAUAUAAUGAAUUUCAAUAUGUGGGUUUAAUU